AUCAAGCGUUGCCUCACCAGGAGAUUAGUGAGUACAAAGAAACAAAGGAAGAAGCUGACUUCAACCAUCUCCUCCAAUGGCUUCUUUUGCUUUUUACUCUGCUCUUUUUUCCACAAACUCUUUGCUUUUGCCUCCAUGUGUGCAUAGGCUUCCAAUAUACCUGCAAACUAAACAGAACAUCUCCCAGUUUAGUGUCAUUGCCAGCUCCAGUACUGGCGGCAGUGAGCUGACGACUGAAGCAGCAGUUACUAAGACUGAAAGUGAAAGAACAAGCUUUGGGUUCAAGAACUUGACUGAGACUUUCUGGGUUGAUGUACAUAGAGCUGAAGGGAGGCCAUUGAGUGUUAGGCUUAAUGAAUCGUUGACCUUUGCAUCUUCAAAGCUUGAAAAGGUUGAGAGUGUGGUAAUAAGAGUUGAACUGAGGAACGGGUGUGUUGGGUGGGGUGAGGUGCCGGUGCUUCCUUUGGGUAACUGGAAUCAGGCUAUGGCUCUUGAGAAAGUGAAAGAGGCAUGCAAGUUUCUGGGGCAGGGUCCCCCAUUGACUUUGAAUUUGGUCUUAGAUAAGAUUUCAGAGAAUGUUCCUGGUAGAGAAUUUGCUUCUGUUAGGGCUGGACUGGAAAUGGCAUUAAUUGAUGCAGCUGCUAACAGCAUUGGUGUCCCCCUAUGGAGAUUAUUUGGUGGUGUGUCAAAUACCUUGUCGACUGCUGCUACAAUUCCAACAGCUUCCCUGGUUAAAGCUUUUGACCUGGCUGCUAAGUAUUGCAAACUAGGAUUUAAGAUAUUGGAGCUUAGAGUGGGAAGAGACCUAAAUGCUGAUAUUGAAGUUCUUCAAGCAGUACGAGCAGCACACCCUCAUUGCUUAUUUAUCUUGGAUGCAAAUGAGCAGUACACUUCAAAGGAAGCUAUCGAAGUUCUUGAAAAGCUAAAUGAAAAAGGAGCAACUCCUGUUCUUUUUGAGCAACCAGUUCACAGAGAUGACUGGAGAGGUCUUAGUGAAGUGAGUACUGUUGCUAGAGAGAAGUAUGGGAUAUCUGUUGCAGCAGAUGAAAGUUGCAGGAAUUUGGUUGAUAUUCAAAAACUUAUACAGGAAAAUAUUGUGGAUGUCAUCAACAUUAAGUUAUCCAAAUUUGGGGUUCUUGGGACCCUUGAAAUUGUUGAGAUGGUUAAAAAAUCAAAAUUGAACCUUAUGAUAGAUAGCGUGGCUGAAACUAGACUUGCCGCAGGUGUUGCUGGUCAUUUAGCGGCUGGACUUGGUUGCUUCAAAUAUGUUAAUCUUAGUGCGCCCAUUUUGCUAUCGGAAGAUCCAGUUGUGGGAGGCUAUGAAGUUUCUGGUUCCAAUCACAAGUUUGUUAAUAGCAGAGGGCAAGGAGGUUUUCUCAAAUGGGAUAUUGCCUCAUGAAAUUGACUGGUUAUGCUCUCACAAAGGAAUGAAUUAGAAAUUUUGCUGGUCUGUCCCUUGCUUCAACAAAAUUAUAUUAAAAGAUUAACCAGCAUGACAAUCAGCCCUGAUCAGUUUCCAAGUAUCUAGGGUACUCUUCUCCAUCCUUUGGCCACUAUCUGUAUGAACAACUGAAUAUCUACUUUUAUAUUUAAGGAUUCUGUAAUGUAUACAAGAUGAAGUCUAUUUAAGCAUAGAUUUCAACAAGUAGAUAAUAAAAGUAUGAUUGCUGGAUUGUACCGGUAUAUAUAUAUUACAGACUUUGCAGUAGUGUAAGCAUGUCCAUUGCUGGAGAACUUUUCAUGACAUCACCCUGAACAUGUUAAAUUCAGGCUUAAAAUCACACAGUUUUCA